AUGGGGGGCCCCAAUCUCGAAAUCUUCAAGUUUGGGAUGUACAUCCUCUUCCCCAUCAGCAUCAUGUACUACUUCGGGACCAACCUGGACGGACGCUUCAGCGUGCCCGAUUUCUGGCCCAAGGAGGGCCAGACGCACAAGAUUCCGUAUGAGCGCGAGGAGAUCAAGAAGGAGUUGGAGAGGUUGAAGGCGAGGAAUCUUGAGGCGAAGAGGAGGAGGGAGGCGGAGGAGGCGAGGGCGGCGCUGGUGCAGCAACAGGUGCAGGGGAGGGAGGGAGAACAGUAG